GUUUCCCUUGCGCGAUCGCGAACGCAAACCGCGAACGCGAACUGCGAACGCGAACUACGAAAUAAGAUCGCGUUCGCGUCAUGUUGGUUUGCUCUAGACGAUUCUACGUUGCGACCCAAAGAUUUAUAAUUUAUAUUUUAACAGUCGUCCGUCAGUCGAACUCGAUAUUUUGAAGUGCUAAGUUCACGGUGCACGAGUACUGUUCGUUUUUAAAAAUUAUUAUAAUGGAUACAGUCGAUAAAGAAAUCUUAAAAAUUCUUUUGCUAGAAGAAGAAGAAGAUGAUGAGAUCUUACGGUAUUUGUCGGAAGAAAAAAGAAAGCCGCAUGAUCCAUUAUUUACAAAGAGGAGUACCGAAGGUUAUCAUGAAAUACUUAUCAACGGCCAUCUGAAAAAUAAUGAAAUUAAGUUUAGAGAAUUUUUUAGAUUAAACCGUAAUCAGUUCGAUUUUAUUUUGAAUCUAAUAAGAGAUGAUUUAACAUUAAAUCCAACAUUUUUUAUAAGGAAACCCAUAUCACCAGAAGAAAAAUUGGCGGUUACAUUGAGAUUUUUAGCUUCUGGAGAAACGUACCGUUCUUUAUCUUUUGCUUUCCGGAUAUCACACAGCUAUAUUAGUAUUAUAAUACAAAAUACCUUAAAAUCUAUGAAAAAGCAUCUGUUGACACAUUUUAUACCUAAUCCGAGUAAAUUAAAUAUGAAAGAAAAAGCUCGAGAGUUUUGGACAAGAUGGAAUUUUCCAAAUUGUAUUGGCGCAAUCGAUGGUAAACAUAUUCGAAUGAAGUGCCCAAAAAAUACCGGUUCUUUAUAUUUUAACUAUAAAGAACAUUUUUCACUCGUCUUAUUAGCAUUGGUAGAUGCGAAUUGUAAAUUUUUAGUCAUUGAUGUUGGAUCCUAUGGUAAAGAAGGAGACAGUGGCAUAUUUGGAAAAUCAAAAAUGGGCCAACAAAUUUAUUCUGGCAAUUUUAAUUUCCCAAGUGACGAAAAACUACCAGGCUUUGAUAAUUCUACACCGUUUGUUAUUGUUGGCGAUGAAGCAUUCAGACUUCACAGACAUAUAAUGAAACCGUACUCUAGAUCUACGGCUAAACAAGAUAGAGCAAAAACUAUUUUUAAUUACAGGUUGAGUCGUUGUCGUAGGGUGACGGAAAAUGCAUUUGGCUUAUUAGCACAAGUUUUCAGAGUAUUUCAUACUGCAAUAGCAAUUGAUGUAGAAGUAUGCGACGAUUUAGUUAUUGUCGCAUGUUGUUUGCACAAUAUGCUGAGAGAUGCGUUUUUAGAAAAAGGUAAUAAAAUUUACUAUGAAUAUGACGAAGGACAAAGUAUUGAGAUGGGCACUUUAUGUAGUAGAGGUGGCUUUGCGAGUGCAGAUGGUUUUGAUGUUAGAGAAAAAUUUAAACAAUUUUUUAUUCAAGAAGGUGCAGUCUCGUGGCAAAAUCACCAAAUUUCAAGAAUAUCAUCUACCAAUACUUCGACCAAUACUUAGUGUGUGUUUUUUUUUAAAUAAAUAAAUAAUUAGUUUUAACAAUGUUUAAUAUAAGUAACCGUAUCACACAAAAAUGCUUACAUUUUUAAAAUUAUUUUACUAUUUUAAUAUUUUAAAAAUAAUUCAUAAUUCAUUAUAAUGUAUAUCACGGAGAUUAAAAUUAGUUUUGAUAUUAUAAUAUACACGAUAAAAAUAAAUGUCCAGAAAUUAUAAUUUAUUUUUAGCUUGUUGCUUGUUGUAUAUAUGUACCUACACGUGCUUUCAUCACUUCUAAAAUACUCAAUCAUAAAUAGACAGUGUCAUGGUCUUAUCUUGAAAAUAAUCAUUUAUUUUAAACUUAAAUAGUUAAAUUAUCUGUUGUACACUUGUUAUAAUCGUAAUAUUAUAAUAAUAUAUUAUAAUUUCAAUGUAAAAACAAAGUUAUUUAUAUUCCUACAAAUUUAAUACUUU